AUACUGCCUUCGUUUGUUUCUUCUUCAGUUCAGUUUCGAUCUGUGAAGAUCGAAAUCUGUUGUAGCAGAAGCAGAAGGAGAGUGAGUGAGUGAGUGAUUGAGAAGUCUGCAAUGGCGAACGGAGGAAGCUACGGGGACGCGAAUCAGAAGAUCGAUUAUGUCUUCAAGAUAGUACUCAUCGGAGACUCUGCUGUUGGUAAAUCUCAGAUUCUUUCUCGCUUUGCUCGGAACGAGUUCAGCUUAGAUUCCAAGGCCACUAUCGGUGUUGAGUUCCAGACUCGGACUGUACUCAUCGAUCACAAGAACGUUAAGGCUCAGAUCUGGGACACUGCAGGACAAGAAAGAUACAGAGCUGUAACAAGUGCAUAUUAUAGGGGUGCUGUUGGUGCCAUGUUGGUUUAUGACAUGACUAAACGUCAGAGCUUUGAUCACAUACCCCGCUGGCUGGAAGAGCUGCGCAGCCAUGCUGACAAGAACAUUGUGAUCAUACUGAUUGGAAACAAGGCAGAUCUCGAGAACCAGCGAGCUGUUCCCACUGAAGAUGCCAAAGAAUUUGCUCAGAAGGAAGGGCUAUUCUUCUUAGAGACAUCGGCAUUGGAAGCUACUAAUGUUGAAACUGCUUUCUUGACUGUUUUGACAGAGAUCUUCAACAUUGUUAACAAAAAGAACCUGGUUGCUAGCGCGGAUCAAAGCAAUGGCAACCCAGCUUCCUUGUCUGGGAAGAAGAUUCUUAUCCCUGGCCCUGGGCAGGAGAUCCCUGCGAAGAGAAACAUGUGCUGCCAAUAAUCUUGAGUGGUUGCUGUUUUGGUUUCAGCAAGCCUGGUAAAUUUAUUUUUAGAUUUGUGCUGAUGUCUUUGAGCUGUCUUGUGUAUUUCCUUGUAUAUUUUUUUAAUUGCUAUGGCAUAUUUUGUAACACUGUUUUGGAGAAACCGAUUCAUUCUGCUUUCCUCAUGUUCACGAGGUGGGAAGCAAUAGAGAGAUGGGUAUGAUAGUCGUAUUGAUCAGUUUUUGAUAGUCGAUUUUGUUACUCAAGUAUUUCUGAAAUGG